UCAUUUCUCCAUGCUGCGUUUGCCUCACUGUCUCCUCUCACUUCGAUCUUACUGACGCAAAGAGUGCGAAAAUCUCCGAGCUCGUCUGCGCGCUUCCGGUAGAGAGGGCGAACGUAAUCCCAGCAGCAAGCAUUCACAAAUGCAUUGUGGCCUCCAGCAUUCUCAGUUCAGUACUUCAGUUCUGUUGUAUUGCAAAGGGAGGAGCCAACCUCCUAAGUUUGGAUUCUUGAAAUGCAGUCCCCAAAGUGGUCUUAGCUCACUCGAUAUUUUGAAGGAGAGUUGCAGUAUAUUGGUCUUGAAGUUGCCAAGUCGAUCAAGGAACUCCCGUCAACAUCAAGGCAUUAGAUGUGAAUAUCCACAAAAUGCAGAUCUUCCACGUUAUUAUUCAAGAAACGAGAAGAAGCCAUUCCCUGUACCUAUUCUAGAUCUAAGGAGAGCUGCCAGGGAGAGACAGAAAAAGAGACUAGGCCAACCUAGGAGGCCUAUGCCUCCACCGAAAGUUGGGUUGCUUGUUAAAGACCUGAUUCCAGUUGCGUAUAGAGUGAUGAAUGCACGAAUAACAUUGAUAAACAAUCUCAAGCGGCUCUUGAAGGUGGUGCCUGUCAAUUCUUGCAAGUGGUGUAACGAGAUUCAUGUGGGAGCUGUUGGGCAUCCUUUCAAGUCAUGUAGAGGACCGCAGGCAUCAAUCCGUAGAGGACUUCAUGACUGGGGAGAGGCAGUGGUUGAAGAUGUUAUGGUGCCACUUGAAUGUUACCACCUAUAUGAUCGUUUGGGGAAUCGAAUUUCUCAUGAGGAGAGAUUCUCUAUCCCCCAAAUACCUGCAGUGGUGGAGCUCUGCAUUCAAGCUGGGGUCGAUUUACCCGAAUAUCCCACUAAAAGAAGAAGAAAACCAAUAAUUCGCAUCGGAAAGAGUGAGUUUAUCGAUGCUGAUGAAAGUGAUCUACCCGACCCUGAACCCGAAGAGCCAAAGCCACCAAUAUUAACCGAAAUGCCUGAUACUGAUGUGCUACCUCCAUCAAGUGACGAGGAAACAGUUCUGCUGGCCGAGGAAACACUUCAAGCAUGGGAAAAGAUGAGAGGAGGAGCCAAACGAUUGAUGAAGAUGUAUCCCGUGAGAGUCUGUGGGUACUGCCCGGAGGUGCACGUGGGCUCCAGUGGACACAAAGCGCAGAACUGUGGAGCACGUAAGCACCAGCAACGUAAUGGGCAGCACGGGUGGCAGGCUGCUGUGCUGGACGACUUAAUACCGCCAAGGUACGUUUGGCACGUCCCCGAUGUAAACCAGCCACUGCAACGGGAACUCCGAAAUUUCUAUGGUCAAGCUCCAGCUGUGGUAGAAAUAUGUAUUCAGGCUGGUGCAGCUGUGCCUGAACAAUACAAACCAACUAUGAGGUUGGAUGUGGGCAUCCCUAAUACUGUUGCAGAAGCAGAAAUGGUAGUUUGAACAUUCAUAUGGUACUGUUUUAAUCCUCUUAAUAUAGCCAUCUGUAAAGUAUCAAGAACAAUUGUCUUAAUUGUAACUUCAGAGAAAUUGCAAAAUUAGCUGCAGAGCAGAAAGAUCUAAUAGCAUUGAAUCAGCUUUUUAAAACUGGCACAAUGUAAGUGCAGUUGCUAGAAAAUGCCAUGGUAACAUACUAACAUUGGCACCACUUGACAGCUA